AUCAUCCUGCUCUUCUCCACCAUCUUGUUCCACAUUUCCGUCGACCUGCUGAGUGUGUGAGGCAGAACUUCUCCUGUUAGAACCCUCUCCCAUAUGGACUUCUUCCACAUGCGAUGUUGUAUCUUUAAUCUUCAAGUCCGACUUGGCAACAUACACGUACGCACAACCAGUCGAUCCCCUCUCUCUCGCUGGCCUCCCUGCGCGUUGCACAAGGGUUGAGAGGCUGCCAAUCUUCCCGAAGAUGACAACAUCGGAUAGAGCAGGGAUGUCAACCCCAACGUCCGGACAUGCGAGAGAGUGAUGGUGUCGGAUGAUAGUCUUUGCCAUGGGCUUUAGAUGUCGGGGAAGUAACGUGCGGAGGUACAAGACGACUCGAUGCCCUUGCUCAAUCGAUUGCACGAAGACCAGUCGCUUGGGCACAUCCGAUGGUCUGUCAAGUUCCUGAGGGACCAGCCAAUCAAGAUCGCGAAAGACAAGUCCCGACGUUGUAUAUUUGAUAGGUCGCAUGAACAAGGAAAUGUUGGCGACCUGGUUCGAUACUUGCUGACAGCCCUAGUCCGGCCGGAAGUCUGCCCCCCAUUCGUCCCCGAGAUGCAGCUCGUCCACGGCAAACAGACCAAGUCUAGCCCGUACAUUUCCAUCGAGUAUGAAUUCAUCAAACUGUGACGACUUCAAGGUCUCCGGUCCCAAGCAUACAAGACGAUACAGCCCCGAUCUGGCCAUUGCCCAGAGAUCUCGAGGGGGCUCCAUGAGCAGCGCUGCGGUGAGCGUCUCACUAUUGAUAGCAAACAAUUGGUCGGGGAGACCACUAUCGACAUCGUGCCGUCCCGAACCAUCAGAGGGAUAUAAAUCAGUGCCGAUUUUCCUGCACCCGUCGCAUUGAUGCAGAGUACAUCCUGCCCAUCCAGCAAUCGCGCUGCGCAUUCGACCUGAAAGUUGUCAAGCUCGAAGUCGACAAAUUGGCGCACUCUGCUCCGGAGCUUCGGGAAGCCUUGGUCUGCUUCAAACCAUCGGAAUGCAUGUCGAGUUCUCCAGUCGAACGCAGGAGGGAUCGAGGAUGCGGACAGGGAUGGUGCUUCAGUGGGAAGGAGCAUUUGAAAUUUGAGCUGUGACCGAUCGCACUGUGACUUUGCCCAAUUGGCAGCAAGGCUACUGAGCCCGAUUUGUAUACGAAUAAGAUACCCGAAUUACUUAAAAGCCAUCCAACAGCGAUUCGACGAGUAGUAACGUGUCUGAAUAAGUGUGUGUAGAGGCUUUCGACGCGUGUAAUUAACCCGCUGUUUGGUGAUAUCGGCGGCCCACGUGAUGUACAUAGUGAUGGCAAAAACACCCAUUGACAAGCACCCCCCAUCAAAAAGCAGACGCCAGAUCAGCCUGUGAGGCACGAGCGCGCUGAAUCGCAGCGGAUGCCUUA